UCUGCGUUUGUGCUGCAGAUCACGGUGCUGGGGACGCCUGCGGAAGAACAAGGAGGAGGCAAAAUAGACCUGAUAAAGGCUGGAGCGUUUGACGGCCUGGAUGUGGUUUUUAUGGCACACCCCUCGCAAGAAAACGCAGCUUACCUGCCCGAUGUGGCCGAGCACGAUGUGGCUGUGAAAUACUAUGGAAAAGCUUCUCAUGCUGCUGCUUAUCCUUGGGAAGGAGUUAAUGCAUUAGAUGCUGCUGUUCUUGCAUACAACAAUCUGUCUGUUUUAAGACAGCAAAUGAAACCGACCUGGAGAGUUCAUGGUGUAAUAAAAAAUGGUGGUGUGAAACCUAACAUCAUACCUUCUUACACUGAACUAGAGUUUUACUUGCGUGCCCCUUCAAUGAAAGAUCUUUCUGUUCUGACAGAGAAGGUUGAGAACUGCUUCAAGUCUGCAGCACUGGCCACAGGAUGCAAAGUGGAAAUAAAAGGUGGUGAAAAUGAUUACUACAAUGUGCUUCCAAAUAAAAGCCUGCAGAAAGUUUACAAGGAGAAUGGAAAGAAGCUUGGAAUUGAGUUUAUAUCUGAAGACUGUAUCUUGAAUGGUUUGUCAGGUUCCACGGACUUCGGAAAUGUUACAUUUGUAGUCCCUGGGCUUCAUCCUUAUUUUUAUAUUGGCUCUGAUGCAUUGAACCAUACUGAGCAGUACACAGAAGCUGCAGGGUCACAAAAUGCUCAGUUCUAUGCUUUGCGCACAGCAAAAGCUUUGGCAAUGACAGCACUGGAUGUCAUUUUCAAGCCAAGUCUGCUAGAAGAAGUCAGAGAAGACUUUAGACAGGUGAAGCUAAAAGAAGAGGGACAAAUAAAUCCAGUAGAACCUAACAAAGAAUCUAGUGUUGGCAUAGGAGCAUGUGCAUCACACUAA